UCCUACAAUUAAAAUACACCUUUCAAAAGGGGCAAAAUCCCAAUCGCCCAAACCCUAGAAACACCAGUCUACCGGCGCAUCCUCCCUCUUCUCCGCCUCGCCGAGUUUAGAAGCUCCCUGCUCAAUUUCGCGGCGGCGGCCAAUUCCUACGCUCCUCCACUCUCGCUAUUCCAGCCCCAAACUUGCUCAAGCAUGUCGAUUGCUCAGGAUCUCUAUCCCACCGAAGAGGACUACCUCUACGAAGAAGAGGUACUUCGAAACCCUAACAAUCUCAAAUUGUGGUGGCGAUACCUAAUCGCGAAGAGCGACGCGCCGUUCAAGAAGCGCGCCAUUAUCUACGAGCGAGCUCUCAAGGCCUUGCCCGGAAGCUACAAGCUGUGGCACGCCUAUCUCCGCGAGCGCCUCGAGAUCGUGAGGAAUCUACCGAUUACUCACUCGCAGUAUCAGACGCUGAACAACACUUUCGAGCGAGCCCUCGCCACGAUGCACAAGAUGCCCCGCAUUUGGACUAUGUUUUUGCAGUCUCUGACGCAUCAGAAGCUGAUUACUCGGACGCGGCGCACGUUCGACCGUGCAUUGUGCGCGCUGCCGGUUACUCAGCACGACCGAAUCUGGGAGUGUUAUCUGGUGUUCGUGUCGCAGAGGGGCGUGCCGAUAGAUACGUCGCUGAGGGUGUACAAGAGGUACCUGAAGUAUGAUCCAAGUCAUAUUGAGGAUUUUAUUGAGUUCUUGGUCAAUUCGCAGUUGUGGCAGGAGGCUGCGGAGAGGUUGGCUGGGGUUUUAAAUGACGACCAGUUUUACUCUAUAAAGGGGAAGACAAAACAUAGGCUAUGGUUGGAAUUGUGUGAUUUGUUGACUCAGCAUGCCACUGAGAUAUCGGGAUUGAAUGUGGAUGCGAUAAUUAGAGGGGGGAUUAGGAAGUUUACGGAUGAAGUGGGGAGACUGUGGACUUCAUUGGCUGAUUAUUAUAUUAGGAGACAGCUUCUUGAGAAGGCCAGAGAUAUCUUUGAGGAAGGUAUGACGACUGUAGUCACAGUGAGGGAUUUCAGUGUUAUUUUUGAUGCAUAUUCACAAUUUGAGGACAGUGUGUUGUCAAUUAAGAUGGACAAUAUGGAUGACAGUGAUGAAGAAGAUGGGAAUGAGGAUGCCAUAGAGGAGGAUGAUGAGGAGGAUGAUAGGUUGGAUAUUGAGAAGUUGAGGAAGAAGAUCAGCUGUUUUUGGUUGAAGGAUGACAAGGAUGUGGAUUUGCGGUUGGCGAGAUAUGAGCAUCUGAUGGACAGGAGGCCGGAGUUAGCUAACAGUGUGCUUUUGAGGCAGAAUCCUCACAAUGUGGAGCAGUGGCAUCGGAGAGUUAAGCUUUUUGAAGGGAAUCCCACAAAACAAAUUUUGACUUACACAGAAGCUGUGAGGACCGUGGAUCCCAUGAAGGCUGUUGGGAAACCCCAUACUCUGUGGGUUGCAUUUGCUAAGUUGUAUGAGACUCAUGGAGAUGUUUCAAAUGCCCGGGUGAUUUUUGAUAAGGCUGUGCAGGUUAAUUACAAGGCUGUCGAUCAUCUAGCAAGCAUUUGGUGUGAAUGGGCUGAGAUGGAGCUCAGACACAAAAAUUUAAAGGGUGCACUGGAACUGAUGAGGCGUGCUACUGCUGAACCAUCUGUCGAGGUCAAGAGGAGAGUUGCUGCUGAUGGAAAUGAACCAGUGCAAAUGAAGGUUCAUAAAUCCCUUAAACUUUGGACAUUUUAUGUGGAUUUGGAGGAAAGCUUGGGUACCUUGGAGUCAACUCGUGUAGUUUAUGAGAAAAUAUUGGAUCUAAGAAUUGCUACUCCCCAGAUUAUCAUAAAUUAUGCAAUGCUUCUAGAAGAACACAAGUACUUUGAAGACUCAUUUAAAGUUUAUGAGAGAGGUGUAAAAAUAUUUAAGUACCCGCAUGUGAAAGAUAUAUGGGUCACAUAUCUUUCCAAAUUCGUUAAGAGAUAUGGAAAAUCAAAGCUGGAACGAGCUAGGGAGAUAUUUGAGAAGGCAGUUGAAGAGGCUCCUGCAGAAUCAGUGAAACCCCUGUAUCUUCAAUACGCCAAAUUGGAGGAAGACUAUGGUCUGGCCAAAAGAGCAAUGCGGGUGUAUGAUCAGGCUACAAAAGCUGUCCCACCUAAUGAGAAGUUGGGCAUGUAUGAGAUAUAUAUUACCAGGGCAGCUGACAUAUUCGGAUUACCAAAAACUAGGGAGAUUUAUGAGCAAGCUAUUGAAUCACGACUGCCAGACAAGGAUGUAAAGGUCAUGUGUUUGAGAUAUGCUGAACUCGAGAAGAAUCUUGGUGAAAUCGAUCGUGCUCGUGCAUUAUACAAGCAUGCAUCACAGUUUGCUAAUCCAAAAUCUGAUCCUGACUUCUGGAAAAAGUGGCAUGAAUUUGAAGUACAGCAUGGAAACGAGGAUACAUAUCGGGAGAUGCGCAGAAUCAUGAGAAGUGUUGAUGCUAGCUAUAGCCAGACGCACUUUAUCCUACCGGAGUAUCUGAUGCAAAAGGACCAGAUGCAGACCCUUGACGAAGCUAAGGAUGUUCUCAAGAAGGCAGGCGUUGCUGAGGACGAAAUGGCUGCACUUGAGAGGCAAUUACUGCCCACUACCAAUGAAACCAGUGCUAAAGAUGGUGGUAGACGAUUAGGAUUCGUGAGUGCUGGUUUGCAGCAAAAUGGAGAGACUACAGCAAAUACAGAGGAUAUCGAGCUUCCAGAAGAUAGUGAUCCCGAAGAUGAGGAGAAGGUUGAGAUCGCACAGAAAGAAAUUCCAGAUGCAGUGUUUGGAGGAUUGGUGCGGAAGAGAGACGAAGCAGACGAGAAGGGUAAAGAAGCAACUGAUACGGAAAACAAAGAGAACGAUGGCCAUCUAGGUGCCUUGGAGAGAAUCAAACGAAUGAGACGAGGCGCCUAGAUUCAUCUAUUUGAAGUUAUUGUAUACAUGAAAUGGAAUUUUGUUGAAUUUUGUUGAUGUAUCUUACUUCAAAUAUUGUCUAUGUGAAAUUCAAGUAUGCUUCUUUCCUUUUGGGAUCUCA